GCCCAAAUAAGGAUUCAGCAGCAAGAGCUGCAAGGUUGAAGCUGAAAGGAUAAAGAAGAGACGAUAUAUUAAUUCAUCAAGCAUAAUACCAACUUCGACAGAUGUUGAAUAUACCAUGAUAUUAGUAAUACUUGUGUUUCUGUACACCAUUCAAAUAUCACAAGACAAUAAUUUUGGUUCAUCACAAUCCUCGUGCUCUACACUUGCAAACAUGAGGUUUCCACACGCAAGGCAGAAUAGGGAUAACGACUUUGACCUGGAUCUCGAGAGCAUAAUGAUCAUGGAAGCAAUCUGGCUCUCCAUUCAGGAGCAAUCAUCUAAAGGUCAUUUAGGUACUACAACCAGCUUCUUGCCUGGACCAUCGAUGUUGGUACGGCCAUGCAGUUCCCAUGGAGCAACUAUUGUAAAGUUAUCUCCUUCGGGUGGGCUGGCUUGUGCAGCUGCAGCCUUAGCUGAGCAUCAACAUAUGAAUGGAGAUUCAUCUUCUCAUAUGGAUUUGCAUGUCAAAGAUGCUGCUGCAGUUCAUCUGGAAAACAGGAGAGAAAUGCCACCCGAGGAGUCUGGUGUGAGUUCAACUGAGCACUGGUUGCUGGUGGCAGAAGGAACAAGCUAUGCUGGCUCUGAUGACACGAUUGAAGCUGGGACUAGUUCAGAAGGUAUGAAUACGGGUUCAGGACGUAUUGUUCCAGAAAUCUUUGAGGAACAAAUGAUGUUGGUCAUGGCUGUCACUUGCUGAGGCUCAAGCGAGGAGUCAUCAUGGAGUAGGUUUUCUAUAAUUGUUUGAUAGUUUGUAUGUCUAACAACUUGCAUCCUGCUUCAUGUGAUCCGUACGACCCAUUUUCGUUUUCCUUUUGUUAGUUGGCUAUGUUCUUUUCUGAUCAGUCAUUUUUGUAGAAACAGGGAAAAGAAAAUAGCGAUAUAAUUAGCAAUUCA